AUGGAUCGCUCAUCGGAAUUCUUCUCAACAGUCGAGUCGCUUCGGUCCAGAGCACAACCCCAUCUCCCCUCUGACAAGCGCAGGCUCCUCUCGCCCAUGGAACAGCAGGCUGGUUCUUUGGGUGCUGGGGGUGCUCAGAACAAGCCCAAGUCAGAGGUGUCGUUGAUGGCGACUAUGAUUGGCAAGGAUAUCCAUGCCACUUCGAAAAAGCUGGAGAAGCUCGCCAGAUUGGCCAAGCGCAAGACCCUGUUCGACGAUAGACCAGUAGAGAUCAGCGAACUCAUGCACAUCAUCAAACUGGAUAUCGCCAAGCUGAACAAACAGAUCGCCCAACUACAGAGCGUGGUCAAGGAGCUCAACGCCAAAUCGCCCCACAACUGCCGACAGGCCAUGGAACAUAACUGCAAUGUUGUGGUCUUGCUCCAAUCACGACUUGCAGCACAGACAUCUACCUUCAAGGACGUCCUGGAACUCCGUACUGAGAACAUGAAGGCUACCAAGGAUAGGCGUGAGCAGUUUAUGUUUACAGCACAGCAACAAAGCAAUACCUUUGCCAGUGACUCUCCACUCUAUAACAUUGACAGGCGACCAAACUCGAGCACCAACCCACCUAAGGAUAUCUUGUCACUGGAUCUGCCAACACCAUCUCAAAACCUUCAACAACAGGAGCAGGUGCAGCUAGUGGACGCCAACAACCAGUACAUGGAGAGUCGAUCUACCGCCAUCGAGUCGAUCGAAUCAACUCUGCAUGAACUUGGAGGCAUCUUUCAGCAACUGGCCCAGAUGGUCUCUGAGCAACGAGACAUGGUUCAAAGAAUUGACGCCAACACGGAUGAUAUCGAGUCGAAUGUAACAGGAGCACAGACGGAACUGUUGAAAUACUACAGCUAUGUGUCGUCGAAUCGUUGGCUGAUGGUCAAGGUCUUUGCGGUCAUUAUUUCCUCUGCAGUGACCCUUUCCGUGCUGUCCUGA